GAAACCUCUCUUCAUACACUUUUCAGAAAAUUUUCAUUCCUGCAAACACUGCCACCCUGAUCACCUCUCUCUCUCUCUCUACCAUAUAUUUACUUUGAUUUUUAUUUACCUCCCUACGACUUGUCUGCUCUCAUCUAGGUUUGGUGUGGUUGCGGCCGCUUGCUCUCUUCUUCUCCACCCACUUCUGAAAAAUGGGCAGCACUCAAAAUUGCUCCUGUUGGCACAGAAAUAGACAUCUAAUCAUUUUCAUCUUCCUACUCUUGGUUUCAAGCUCGACCCAUCUGAGAUUCAUGGCUGAAGGUGCUAGACUAAUUUCAAGCAAGCUUACUAAGGCUGCUCCGAGAGGUCAUGUUCUUGAGGAAAAUGAAGCUGGGGUGGUGGUCAACGCACGUCAAAUAGGAUCAAGACCACCAAGGUGUGAGAGCAGGUGCAGUGCUUGUGGGCAUUGUGUGGCAGUUCAGGUCCCUGUUUCCCCCCAAGUCCAAGGCCACAGUAAAAUCAGAAGCCAUGGCAGCCUCCCUGAUUCCACCAGAACAAGCCCCAAGAAUGUAGCUUACUCCAGAGGCGAUGACAUUACAAAUUAUAAGCCUAUAAGCUGGAAAUGCAAGUGUGGGGAUUUGCUCUUCAACCCUUGACUGUUUUUUAUCCAAGUAUUAGCCCAUCCAUGUUUAAUCUUCCAUUAUUUGGUAAAUAACAAUUAUGAAUUGUUAGAGGGAAAAAAAAACAGAAAAACUUUUAUCUGUACACUCUUAUGAAGGUUUCUUUCUUUUUUCUUUUUUUGGGUUCUUCUUGGUAUUUUUGGUGUGAAUGUGUUCUGUACAGAAAUAACAGUUGCUUAUUUCUCCAUUUUUUGCAAUUGACUUUUUAGUUAUAUUU